AUGGCUGCUGCAACACGAACACUUUCCCGUGUAGCAACGCCAGUGGCACGUUGUCUGGAAGCGAACGGCGUACGUUCAGCAGCACGGGCAAUCCAGCAUCGCGAGUAUACAUCAAUCGAACACGGCGAUAAAGUUAAUAAUAAAAGUCCGGGGACGAAGUUCGAUGAGAAAGAUUUGUAUCGUACAUUCAAAGGACCACUUGGUUAUGAGAAAGCCAGCAGCACCGGCAUACUCUGGGAAAUGGUGGCAGAUUGCAUGAAACCAUGGCUGUGGGGUCAUAAAAUACAGGCUGCUGUGGAACUUGUACAGUAUGCAGCUAGAUGUGCAUUGAAUCAGGCACUAUCACGUCCGUAUAAAAACGAAACCAAAGUGGAGAAGCUACCAGAAGGAUUCGAAAAACUCAAACAUUUCUGCGGUAUGACAAUGAAGAUUGAGAAUCGCGAUGGCUAUGAAGAGCGACAAGAUAAUGUCCGUCCAAUGUAA